GCCUGCUUGGCAAAAUCUCCUUUCUUCCAAGUGACUAAACUGAAAUUUUGGGUUGCUGAAGCCAUGGGCCUCGGUGCAAACUCAGGUCCCCAUUAACAUCAGAGGUGACAGAGCAAUCAUCAGUAACGUGGUUUGGCAUUUGACAAGACAUCCAAUUGAGAAGAGAAUUUAGAACUGCAAACUCAAAUGGGCCAUCCUUUUUUGAUGGAAUGAUCAAUCAUCUCUGUUCAACAUGCAAGUACUACACUGGUUAUCCAAAAGAUCUUGGGCCAUCGUGGGUUAUUCAUUUCAAUUUAGAACGUGAGUUUGUUCAGCUCCCUCAUGAAGGGCGUCCUGUGGUUGUUGCAUUUACUAUCAGGGGUAAUUACACAAGACAUCUUGACGAAGUGUUGGAGGAAGCCGCUACCGGGUUUUAUCCUAACGUUAAAUUUAUGUGGGUUGAGCGCCCAAAAUAUCCAGGUUUCUGCAUGGCAUGGCAGAAGAAGGAAUAUCCAUUCAUUGAAAUAUUUCAUAUUCCUGAACAAGUGUGUGGUUUUUCUUUACUUGUCAACUGGUCUUGGUACCGUGCAGCAUCUAUGAUUCUAUAGGCUAUUAGUUGAGGCAGAUGAAAGUUAUCUUAGACUAUUGGAGAGUGGUGGAGCAAUUGGAGAAUUGAUCUAGAUAAGCUAAAUUUUAAUGAAGGAAAUUUCAUUCUAAGAUUUGUUACUUUUGGUUCUGCAUAGAGCCGAAGACAUAGCCUUGUGUCGAUAGAGUAGAUGUGUUAGAUGACAGUCAGUUCUUUGAUGCAGGGCCAUAUCCCAACAGUUUACGUUUGUUAUAUUACUCUUAUUUAAUUUUUGCCGGAGCCUAGAGGUUUUGA